CAAAACUGCAAAAAAAUGAGCAAAAAGAAAGGUACUUGCAAAUGUCCUCCUCAUCUCCAGAAAGUCUGCAAACAUCAACAGCACAAGCGCGCCGAGCCCAUUGACGUAAGCGAUGUCAUCCAAGCACUUACCUACAAUGAAAUUCUAUCGGAAAUCAACAAGUCGAAAAAGAUUAAAGUCCCAACGAAAUUUAAAACCAAGCCGUUUAAACCGCGUCACUUCAAGGACACCUGCGUACCGAUGAAACCUUCAAUGCACACCAGAUUACGCUACAUAACCCACUGUCCCGUAGAAGAUUAUGACGACAAGGCUAGAAAUAUUUUCAUGAGCCGCGAUUUCGGCUCCUCAUCAGAGGAGGAUGUCCUCGCGUCGGGCCAAAAGAAGUACAAGAAGAAAGUCCGGUACUACGACCUCAUGCCGGGCGACAUCCACCUGACGACUCCGGCUCCCAUCGUGAAACACACCGAUUCCGAUGAUUUUAUUCUUGAUAUGGGAAGCCCUAGAACUAGUGGAGAGGUAAUUCGAGCUCAAGAGGCUAAAGUGAAACCGGGAGAAUGGAGGCCCCCUCUGCCUGCCAAAUCUGGACACGAAUUGUUUAAACCUCAUAGCGGUAUCGUAAUCAACCAAAACAAAUCGUUUGUCCCCGAUGUUGUGCACAUGCCGGGAAAACUGCCAAUUAAAACACAAAUGAAACUGAAACCUUGUCAUAAGAAAGGGGUGUGCAAGAGCAAAACGUGUCCCAGAAAGAAAUGCCGCAAGUAUCAGGCCAUGAAACGCCGAGCAGCUUGUAGAAUGUUAAAAAGAAACCGGAUUCAGUCUCGGUCCCGGUCUAGGUCCCUAACAUCUAGGACGACCGAUAGUAAGCCCAGAGCGAAAGGAACGUCACGACGUGGUAAAGACGACGAUGAAUGCGGUUUUGAUGAUAUACCUAGACCAGAACACGCGUUUAUACCAUGUAAUUUAAAAAAAGGAAUGUUGGAAACCCAUUCAUUGACGGUUUUGCCGUGCACUAAGAACAAAAUUAUUAUACCUUAUGGCAUAUUGAAAGGAUCCUUUAACAUGUAUGACAGCAAAUUUGGGGGAAAAUCUAGAGGACGACAAGCACUAACAAUGAGUGUGAUGGCGUAUUGCCUGGCGUUCCACUACCACCCGAAGCAAUGGACUUCCAAGUUAAUAGACAGUCUCGUAGACUCCGGAGACGUAUGGUAUUUACAAUGUUUGGAAAAAGUUCAUGAUCAUUCAGCAAUAUUAGGCAUGUGCGAAGUGUUGCCUUAUGGAAAGAAACAAACUUUGGUCCUGAAUGGCAAGAAAAUGCAAGUAUUGUUGGGUGAACCCGACGUAAUCGGCUACACGAUGUCCAAAGAUCCAACUGUUUAUAACCUAUGUAGAGGGUUAAUAGCGUUCUUUAAGGAUCACAGAGCCGGGAUUUUAUUGACAAGGGUUUUAAAAUUAGUGAUCUGGAAGGACAAAGUUUGCUAUUACAUAUUUGACCCCGCUGGUAGAGACUCGCGGGCAUAUUCCAACUACGCGAACGGUGGCGCUGCUCUCAUGAACGUCGUGGACCUAAAGUCUGUAGCCGAAGUGCUGCUGUCUCGUUCCAUCUUAGACGAUCAGAAAUACGUACUGGCAUCGCUCAAAGUAUUGAGAAUGGUUAAAGAAACAGCAGAUGAAGACUUCGAGUCGGACCCAGAACUAACUCAGGCUGAAAAAGCAAUGCUGGGUUAUAGAAUAAUGAAUGAAAAUUGCGCUAUAGUCAAUGCCAAUAUGCAUCUCGGCGAACGGUGUUUCGAAGAAGCGAAAUAUCGCCAGGCCGUGCCGAUAGCCGUCGUGGCUAUGACCUACGCCAAGAUAUCUCCUCCCAACACUUGGUUUUCAAAGACGCUAGAUAAAAUAUUGCGUUUAGGUAAUAAGUUGUACCGUGAAUGUGUACACCCCAAAGUCUUGAUUGACUUGACUAUUGAUAACAUUCCGAAUGUGAUUACGCUCGGGCCUUAUUCAUGCGAGAUCAUCAUUUACCGUGAGCGGGUUAAAGGGCAACUGUUUACGCCCAAAGAAUGCAUAUUUAAUAUCAGGUCUGGUUUGGUGGAUUUCUUUAGUCAUGAAUACAAUAGUGGUAUACUGGAGUUUGAUAAAUAUUAUAUGGCAGUCUGGCGACAAAAGGAAAUGUUUUACUUGUUUGAUCCUUACCCGCGCACUGUCGACGGAUCGAGGUCUUUCAAAUCGGGGCGAGCGUGCUGCUGGAUGCUGCUCAACCCGGAAAGUAUGGCGGAAAUGUUAAUUAAAAACUGGGACUACAUGCCGCCCACGACUCAGUUUUAUAUUCAUGCCUUUAAAGUUUUGAAACUGAAAAAGAAACAACCCAAGACGGCGCUGGUAUGUACAUUGAGUGACGAAAAUAUGCCCAAAGGAAAGAAAAUUAAGCGAACGGUGCUACACGCCACGAAGUCCAGAGGGGACAGCAGGGAGGUUGUCCACGACGUCAUGCCUUCUGUCAGUUCUGUCCCCAAAAUAGAUGAAGAGCGAAUGGGAGACAUCGUGUCCUUGGUCGACAGUAUACAAGAUGGCUAUGUGCCCCCAAUACCGUUGAAGUACAAGAAUAUGCCGCCGGACCCGUUGGAGGAGAGAGUCGUGAACCUGGACUCGCCGACGGUGUCGGUGACGCAGGUGGUGCCGCCGUGGCCGGCGCCGCGCGACAAGAGCAACGAGGUGCCGGACCCCGACCCCAGCCCCGAGCCCACUCCGCCGCCCACGCCGCCGCCGGCCCCGAUCCCGGAAGGUGGCGCAGAAGAGGAGGAGCCACCGGUAGAAGAGGAAGAAGACGAGGAGGCGAGGAAGGAGCGGAUAGCGAGGCAGAAGGCGGAGGAGGAAGAGGCCCGCAGGAAGGCCGAGGAGCUCCCCCCACCGCUGCCCCCGCCGCCGUCCCCGCAGCCCGAGCCCGCCGAAGAGCUGCAUCCACUGGAAAUCCCGACCGAGCCCGCCGAAGUGGAGGCGGCGCCGCCGCCGGGCGUGGACCGACGCGUGCUGCUCACCGAGGACGCGCACCGCCGCUUCAAGCUCCGCGCGUACCGCAGGAAGAUGGCCUCCCCCCUCACCGACGCCACCCUUCCCCUCACACCCUCUCAGGAACUCAAACAACCCAGCAACUUCAAAUCGCUCCCCGACAACACCGAAAUCAUUAGAGGCUCCUCAUCUAUCUCCGAGAACGACGCUCUCCCCUUCGCGUCUAUCAUGGCUAUCGUCACUUCUUACAAAUAUGUAAUCAACACGUGGACGAAAGCCAUUGUGGACUUCGGUGUUACAUCUGGUAAACAGUUGCAUUCGAACAAAAAGGAAAGAUUCCAAACUGCACCUGUCCAUGUUAUUCCGAAGAUUGGAAUUGGGAAUCAGGUAUACAGCGCUAACAUCGACGUAGUAGGCGAGGGGGCUACGUGGGAAAUGGAGGACAUUUUAACUCGGAAGUUCUUCCCAAAGCACGACCGCGGCAUCAUCACGACGUCUACGUACAGCUGCGCUUUCUUCACGAGAAACGGCCUUUAUUACCUCUACGACGGCAGCCCCUGCGAUGCCAUGGGGCUGAGGGACGACAGGGACAAAGGCGCGGCAUGCUUGUUGCGGUUUAGAACUCUACAUGAUCUUGUUGCCAGGAUAAUGUACAACAAGGAUGGGGCUACAGAAGAUCAACAGUUCAUAGCGAGCGCAAUUCUAGUGCGUCGGCUGAUGGCGCAGACUCGCUACAAGCUCCCGGAGGACUACAACUACGAAAAAAUGGCGCCAGAAUCGCAGAAAUCCAAAUCGACUCUCGCCCCUGCGCCGAAAUCUUCAAAAAGAUCCUCCAUAACAAUCGAAGAACCAAAGAGUAAAAUUAAAAUUGGUUACUACCAAUGUGACGGUGUCUACAAAAUAGAAGGAUCCACCGCCCUCAAAGGCAGGUCGGGAAGUUCAACCAUGAAGGCCUGUCAUUUUGUGAGUCUAAUGGCCAUGUUAAUGGCCGCUAUGCAUCCUAUCCGGACUUGGGAUCACACGAUGGUGGACAUCUGCAUAGAGAAAGGUGUAGAAAUAUAUGAAAAAGCAACAAAUUUAGCGCCAUGCGAAAAAAGAGUUAUUAAAAACGUUAUCGUGGAUGGGAAAUUCAUCAAUGUAAACAUAAAGAAAAUAAUAGUAAUAAACAACAAUACAGAUAAGAAAAUAGAACAAUAUAUAAGCGCCGUAGCACGACGACUUCGUUACUUCCUCAUACAUUUCCCGCAGUGCAGUUUGGUGGUGUGCCAUUCCGACGGGUACUACCAUUUGUUCGAUCCGUACGAGUCUCCCACGGAGGAACCUUAUGAGAGAACUGGAGUCGAACCGAAGUCAUGCGGGCCAUACGCCUCAUGGACGCUGUACCGUUCUCAAGAAGCACUAAUAAACAGAUUGAAAAAAACAAUUGCCGGUAGAACCGUAGACACGCCCACGUUUUACACUUUCGAAUUGACAUCAAUAAAAACUGCUCCGCGACAUUCAGCCCUCAACUAUAGACUCAGUCCUCUGUUUAAACCUGACGAGAAUCCAAACUCACCAUACUUAAACCUCAGGAGGGUACGUCCUUUGGUAGACGAAAAAAUGUACUGGCUCAAUGUAGAGUACAUACCCUGGUCCCGAAUGAUUGGAACAAACGACUUAGGAUUCCCACGUAAAACGCCCCGUACUUUGUGGAAAGAAUGGGAUAUUGAAUUCCCUGGUGAUUUAUAUUCACUAUGGGGCUCCGUACACCCGGUCGAUGACAAGUUCGAUGAGAAUAAUCGUGGUAAACAAUAUUUAGCCACUAAUGUGGUCGCCUUAGUGAUGUCGCAAGCUUGCCACCUCAGCGCGUGGACCGGCGGCUUCCUGGACGGCAUCGUCAACGCCGGAGACAGGUAUCACAAAAAAUGUGUAGAAAAGAUCGGAACAGCGGAAAAUCAUGAACUAACAGUUGCAGAUUUGGAUGGCAAAUUUGAUGACAUGUUCCCGUAUUCGUUUAGCGCUAAAUUCGAAAACGUAAUAUUCGGCUUCGUGUACAACAUGUUGCCAGAUAGAUUUAACCUGAGCAAAGCAUUAGAUUACUUCUUUGAAAGUCAUGAGUUGGGUCUGUUAGUCAGCCCUACCAAGAACUUGGCAUUUGGACGAACUGGUAGAUCUUAUUUCAUGUUUGAUUGCCAAAGCUAUGGCGCCCCUAUCUUUUGUCCGGGACAAGGAUCAUCGUACAUGCUUAAAUGUGAAAGCUUGAAUAGACUCGUCUAUUGUAUGACAUUGACACUAAAUAUAAUGAGACAUGGGACACAAUUCCACUUAUUUAGCGUGAACAUAUCACUUACAGAAAAAACGAAAUAAUUGUUGCAAUCAUGAUAAAUUAUACAUAAUUGUUAUUAUUGUAAUGUAUUGACCGCAUUGAUUUCCGUUUGAUUAAAUAAUUGUUAAUAUACUUA